GCGCAAACUCCUUUCCUGAACAAAACAUGAAAAGAAAAUAUUAAAAUCACAUGAAUCGUAUCUAGUCCUUCUUUUAAGCUUAACCGUUUGUCGAUCUUUAUAUAUUCCUUGUCCCUCCUUAUAUUUAACCGCCUCCAACCACGUUCCUUUACAUCAGGCACCAUCAUUAUUGGACCAAACGCCGUGUCACACGACCUGUUUUCCCGCUCAGCUCGCGCCGGCCCAGGUGCAUUCUUUCAUUAUGACAUUUACAAAGAUUCUAUCGUUGCCCGUUUUGGCUCUGCGCAAGGUUGUCAACGCUUGUAGCCCAAGAGCGGAGAACGAUCAAGCCUCCAGAUCUGGGGGGAGACAUCAAGUUGCCAAGUACCCAAGAGAGAAAGGCUCUAUUAGUGGGUGGACCUCCAUUUCCAACAUCUCUACGUCACAGAAUUCCUACCUUACAGAGGACAAGUCUCUACACACUGCUGGGAUGAGACUGAGAAACUUCGACGUUGUGUACAUUGGUGAUACCGGCACAAAUCGUGGUUUGGGAGUGUUUGCCUCUCAUAACCUAUCCAAAGGGCAUCGAAUCAUUAUUGAGAAGCCUGCCAUCUCUUGUGUGCAUUUCAAGCAACACAAGACCGUGGCAGCAGAGUGGCAGAAGUUGCCUGUCUCUAAACAGCAAGAGCUUGUCUCUAGAUUCAGAAAACUGAAGGGCGUCCCUGUCGGUAGGAGAGUUGCGUUGGAUAAGAAACAGAUCAAGUGUCUGGAGUCAUUCAUUGGAGACUACGGCUUCUCGGACCCUAACCGUGGAAGAGCACAUGUCUUCUCCCUGACUUCACAUAUUAACCAUGCGUGCCGCUCGUGUGCAAAUGCUCAGCACUGGACUGACGGUAUUGAAGGAAAUCAUAUGACUGUCAAGCUUAUCAAAGAUGUCAGAGCUGGUGAUGAGAUCUUUGUCCACUACAACAGACCAAAGCUGGGGUUUGGUUGUGCUCUGUGCCCCGCCGAUAAUGCAGUUGAUCGCCUCACGGCAUUCACCAACUCCAGCAGACGCAAGAUAUAUGGUCAAGGGACAGAUUCAUCCGCUCAACUCAGACACCGCUACUCAUUUGCCGAGAGCAACAACCUAUCUGUAACGACGCUGGUCAAUACCGCUGCGUAGCGACCCUUGACGAUGCGACUUUUUUUCAUCAUUAUGAAUGAAUGUACGAGAGGAAGACCCUUCUUUUUAAUGUUAUUCUUUAAUGAGUUCUAGCGACCCGAGUUGGUGGCUUGGAAGCGUAAUACUUUGUACACUACUUCACUUAAAUAAAUAAUGCGUUCGUUUAGAAAAGCGAACAUUGUUAGCAUUUUAUUGAACUACCAUGUACGCCAUAGUCAUCAACAACAAUCGACAGAGGCUUUUCUUGCCUUUUCCGUCGAAACCAGUCCUUUUCGCCCAUAACAGUCCGUGAAUGCAGAAACCACCCAAGUGACCACAACCUCCUUACUUCAGGGGAAUGAAACGAGAAGAGUUGGUGGCACCGAUACCGGGUCUACCGUGCUUGACAGGCUUGCUAUAGUCGUUGUUAGUAAGGUGUUUUCUUUGUGCUGAGAAUGGCACUUUGGAUGCCACGUGGAGAGAGGAAACGUACUAUGAGAUAGAGAACUCAGCAAGGUAGUGACCAACCAUCUCAGGCUUGAUCUCAACCUGGUUGAACUCCUUGCCGGAGUAGAUACCAAUAACGCUACCAAUCAUCUCGGGGACAACAAUCAUGUCACGGAGGUGAGUCUUGACAGUGUCGGGCUUCUCGUUGGGCUGAGCCUCCUGCUUGGCCUUGCGGAGCUUCUUGAUCAGACCCAUGGGGCGGCGCUUAAGACCGCGGUUGAUCCUGCGGCGGGCACGGGCGUGGACGACAUCGCGGAGCUGGUCGGAGCUGAGGUCCAAAAGGCUAGAGAAACAUCAUGGUUAGCGGGGUUGUCCAUCUUGGUGACGGCGUCAUGGCCACUUGUCGACGCAAAAUUUCGCUCUCCCAGACACUGCCAACAACAUCGCUAUUUCAAUUUUCCGUGCGGUGAGAAACGUGUUCUCAUUGUUCUCGAGUUUUCGGGAGCGAUAUUCGUUGUCGUUGUCGUCGGCAGUGGGUGUUUGGCGAAGGGGAAAAGUUGCGUGACGACGGUGCGGCCAAAAGUCAGCAGGAAUAGUAGACAUACUUAUCGAGGUCGAUUCCUCUGUAGGAGAACUUGCGGAAGGUUCUUCUCUUCUUAAUCUCGGCAGCCUCCUCGGCGUUCUAUAAUUUCCAAAAUGUCAGCCCAAAAAUUCGUUGCGUCGCCCGUCGCAUGUAGACUCGGCUUGGGAAGCGGCCCUAAUUCGAUGCAUGCUUUUCGACGGGAUAUCCUCAUGGGAUUAUUUGUUUAGUGAAGACAUACGUAUUCGUCAGCCAUGGUUGCGGUUGUGUUGUCGAUUUACGAAUUCGCCUAUCGAUGUACUGGUCGUCGAACGAAAGGUGGUGUCCGUGGUCUCUGGAUGGCGGUUG